GGGGGAUGAAUCGAGAGAGCUCUUGACGAAGCUGGAAAGAAACAUGUGGUCAAUAUCCAGAGAUGUGUAAUUAUCUUUUUCUCUCUCUCUUUCCUUUUAUUUAUCUUUUACGAAAGCAAAGAAGAAAUAUUCAUUUUUGAGACCGAAGCGUAGCCAUUGGUUUAUCCAUUCCUCCAUUGAACAUUGCCCUUUGCCUCCCGAGCAAAUAGGGGGCAUUGGUUCGAAUGGUUACUAACUAGUUCUGUAUGAAGAAGAAGAGGAAGGAAAGCUAUCAGUUUUUAUAGAAACCCAGCAAUUACUAUAAAGCUUAUAAACCCCAAAACCACACCAACAACAAAGACAGGUAUAUAUAUAUAUUCUAGAGACAGACAACAUAGAUAGAUAAAGAGACAGUCAUAGGAUAGGAGUUUUAUCUAUGUCUAUGUCUCUGUCUCUUCCUCACAUCUCCACUUCUUUCCUCUCCCCUCCAACUUUCCAAUAUACACAUGGGCAUUCCAAAAUCUUUGCCUUUUGGCAUCACAGAGGGAGAGUGAGGUUGAGACCUGCUUCUAUGGUGAAAGGCCCACAUGGGUUUUUCAGGGUUUCUUCUUGUUCCAGCUUCAGAGGUGAGAGAGGCGCAGCAGAGUUUGAGAGUGGGGCUGAAGAAGAAGAAGAAGAAGAAGAAGAAGAGAGUAACAGCGAUGAGGAAGAAGUGGAAGUAGAAACAGAGGAGAAUUGGAAUUUUGGGUCUUGUCUCUUGCCUGACAGAUGGGAUGUCCUGGGUCUUGGACAAGCCAUGGUUGAUUUUUCCGGCAUGGUUGAUGAUGAAUUUUUAAAUAAACUGGGAUUAGAGAAAGGAACAAGGAAGGUUGUGAAUCAUGAGGAGAGGGGUAGAGUUUUGCAGGCUAUGGAUGGAUGUAGCUACAAGGCUGCUGCUGGUGGAUCUCUUUCCAACAGUUUAGUGGCCUUGGCUCGGCUUGGUAGUAGGCCCAUUGGAGGCCCUGCCUUGAAUGUAGCCAUGGCUGGCAGUGUGGGCAGCGAUCCAUUAGGUGGCUUCUACAGGACAAAACUGCGUCGGGCAAAUGUGCAAUUUCUAUCUGCACCCAUCAAGGAUGGGACAACAGGGACAGUGAUAGUUCUGACAACUCCAGAUGCUCAUCGUACAAUGCUUUCAUAUCAGGGCAUGCCGUCAACUGUCAAUUAUGAUCCAAGCUUAGCUAGCAUAGUUUCAAAGACAAACAUACUUGUUGUUGAAGGGUAUUUAUUUGAAUUUCCUGAUACAAUUAAAACAAUCGCUAAAGCAUGCGAGGAAGCACGUAGGUGUGGAGCCCUGGUUGCUGUAACAGCAUCCGAUGUCUCCUGCAUCGAGAGACACUAUGAUGAUUUCUGGGAAAUAAUAGGGAACCAUGCCGACAUUGUUUUUGCUAACAGUGAUGAAGCUAGAGCUCUAUGUCACUUUGCAUCAAAGGAAAGUCCCGUUUCAGCUACAAGGUAUCUGAGCCAUUUUGUUCCCCUAAUCUCAGUUACUGAUGGGCCAAGAGGCUCUUACAUAGGUGUAAAAGGAGAAGCAGUAUAUAUCCCUCCUUCUCCAUGCGUACCAGUGGACACUUGUGGUGCUGGGGAUGCAUAUGCAUCCGGUAUGUUGUAUGGUAUUUUACGGGGUAUGUCAGAUUUGAAAGGAAUGGGUACAUUGGCAUCUAGGGUUGCAGCUACAGUUGUGGGGCAACAGGGGACCCGGCUUAGGGUUCAGGAUGCUGUUGAAUUAGCAGAAUCGUUCGCAUUCAACUAUGAUAGUUCCACGAUUCGAUCAGAUGUCGGUUCAGAUCAUAUUUCCAGCUUAUAGUCGGGUGCUGUAGGCCAUGUACAUUGACAUAUCAUUUAUUUGUAAUCACACAUUCCUUUGUUGAUAUCUUUGUGAGAAUGUACACAUUGGUUAUUCUGGCAAUGAAAUAGCUUAGUCUUUGAGUAGGUAA